UCCCAGUUUUUGGCGAUGCUCUCAGAAAAACAAAACGUAAACACCCGAGACUCCUCUCUCUCUCUCUCUCAGUCUCGAUCUGUUCCUCCCUCGCUCCCACAUCGGCGCCGCCCCCACAGCCAACCCCGCCGGCGAACUCGCCCUCUCCCCCACCGCCGCCGCACUCCACCCUCUCCCUCCCUCCCUCACUUCAGCUUCUCUCCCCACCCUAGGUCGGGGGGCCGCAGAUCGAGCAGGUCAGGCCCGAUCCGCGGCGCAGCCAAGGGCUUCGAGCAGGGCCGCGCCGGGAGAGGAGCCUCUGUGUGCUGCCGCCCCCUGGUUCCCUCUUCUCCUCUCUGUGCCGCCGGGAGAGGAGCUCGUCAAGCCAAGACCGACGCCGUGUGGUGGGGCGCGGGGGAUUCUUCUUCCACUCCGGCGCCUCCUGCCCCUCCGGUGGCCGAUUCCUGUGCUUCUUAUACUCCGGCACAGGUGAUAUUGAGGAGUACAGCAGUAACACGAGCAAAUUCAGCCUUUCUUCAUAUGGAGGAUCGUGUUGAUUUCAAGUAUGACGGUGUCAACAAUGAGAGCAAAGAGCGUAAGGGAGGGCAUGGCAUCCCAAAGGUUUCCAUGGUCCCACUUGUCUUCCUCAUAUUCUAUGAAGUCUCAGGGGGUCCCUUUGGGAUUGAGGACAGUGUCAAGGCUGCUGGACCACUCCUGGCAAUUGUGGGGUUUCUUCUGUUUGCGCUCAUAUGGAGUAUUCCAGAAGCCCUAAUCACAGCUGAGAUGGGUACUAUGUUUCCUGAGAAUGGUGGCUAUGUCGUCUGGGUCUCUUCAGCUCUUGGGUCCUUCUGGGGUUUUCAGCAAGGCUGGGCAAAGUGGCUCAGUGGUGUCAUAGAUAAUGCUCUCUAUCCAGUCCUUUUUCUUGACUAUGUCAAGUCCAGUAUUCCAGCUCUCGGGGGUGGGCUUCCAAGGACUUUUGCGGUGCUUAUCCUCACAGUUGCCCUUACUUACAUGAACUACAGAGGAUUAACGAUAGUUGGCUGGGUGGCAGUCUUUCUUGGGGUGUUCUCUCUGCUCCCUUUCUUUGUAAUGGGAUUGAUAGCAAUUCCACAUAUUGAACCUUCAAGAUGGUUUGAAAUGGACCUGGACAAUGUGAAUUGGGGCCUGUAUCUGAACACUCUGUUUUGGAACCUCAACUAUUGGGAUUCAAUCAGUACAUUGGCUGGAGAGGUUGAGAAUCCAAAGAGAACCCUCCCCAGGGCACUUUCUUAUGCUCUUGUUUUAGUAGUCGGGGGAUACCUCUACCCUCUGAUCACUUGUACAGCAGCACUUCCGGUUGUUCGGGAGUCGUGGACAGACGGAUAUUUUUCAGACAUUGCAAAAAUUCUUGGUGGUUUCUGGUUGCACUCAUGGAUUCAAGCGGCGGCCGCAUUGUCGAACAUGGGCAACUUUGUUACUGAAAUGAGCAGUGAUUCAUACCAGCUUCUGGGGAUGGCUGAGCGUGGCAUGCUCCCUGAGUUCUUCGGCAAGAGAUCACGCUACGGGACCCCACUGAUCGGCAUCCUGUUCUCCGCGUUCGGUGUGGUCCUGCUGUCCUGGAUGAGCUUCCAGGAGAUCAUUGCGGCUGAGAACUACCUCUACUGCUUCGGGAUGAUAUUGGAGUUCAUCGCCUUCAUCAAGCUGAGGAUGACCCACCCUAGCACCUCCCGGCCUUUCCGGAUCCCGCUGGGCACCGUUGGCUCCGUCCUGAUGAUCAUCCCUCCGUCUAUCCUGAUUGUCGUGGUGAUGGUGCUGGCUUCCUUCAAGGUGAUGGCUGUGAGCAUCCUGGCGGUGCUCGUCGGGUUUGCGCUGCAACCGGCCCUGGUGUACAUGGAGAAGAAGCGGUGGCUGAGGUUCUCCGUCAGAGAGGACCUGCCCGAUCUGCUGGACCCCUCGGCUGGCGCCGCCGAAGAUGAGACGACCCCGCUUGUGGUAUGAUUUAUGAUGCAAAGUGUAAUAAAAGGAUAGGAACAUGCUGCCCUGUAUAAUGCCAUGUGGCAUCAUAUAUGCUGUUGUAUACCAACUUGUUCGUCAUGAAAAAGAAAUAGAAGAGCAUGCUGAGCGCCUUUAGAAACAUCAAAGGGGCACCUCAGACUCUAUUUGGCCUAA